UUACUGGUGGAUGCAAUAACGGCAGUUUGCGACAGUGCCGUGCACAAUUACGCCGUUCUCCCGAGUGAAAUACCGGUUGACAAACGCAGUAGCAGGAUAAUACGAGAGAAAGGACUAUCUGUUAUCUCAUCUGGUUUUUCAAGUACUGUACAUCUUCAUUUGUACCAACAGAUCAUUUAAACUGUUAAAUGUGGAAACUGGACUGAGGACAGAGCGACGCAAGGGAAGGCAACUUAGAUUACAAACCGGGGUUGUUGAAGUAAGUUGCCUCCCAAGCGGCGCUUUAAAAGGAAGGGGAGGAUAAUUGACCAAAACAACAGAGAAAAUGGACUAUGAUUUUAAAGUGAAGCUGACCGGAGAAAGAGAGCGAGUCGAAGACCUCUUCGAAUACGAGGGAUGCAAAGUGGGAAGAGGCACAUACGGUCAUGUAUAUAAAGCAAAGAGAAAAGAUGGAAAGGACGAUAAGGACUAUGCCCUGAAGCAAAUAGAAGGCACUGGCAUCUCCAUGUCGGCGUGCAGAGAGAUUGCACUGCUGAGGGAGUUGAAGCACCCAAAUGUAAUCUCACUGCAGAAGGUGUUCUUGUCACAUGCAGACCGCAAGGUCUGGUUGCUGUUCGACUACGCUGAGCACGACCUCUGGCACAUCAUAAAGUUCCACAGAGCCUCCAAGGCCAAUAAGAAGCCCCUGCAGCUGCCCAGAGGGAUGGUCAAGUCCUUGCUCUACCAGAUCCUGGACGGCAUACACUACCUGCAUGCCAACUGGGUCCUUCACAGAGACCUGAAACCUGCCAAUAUCCUAGUGAUGGGGGAGGGUCCAGAGAGGGGAAGGGUGAAGAUUGCGGACAUGGGCUUUGCACGUCUGUUUAACUCACCGCUGAAGCCUUUAGCAGACCUGGAUCCUGUGGUAGUCACCUUCUGGUACAGAGCACCAGAGCUGCUGCUGGGGGCCAGGCAUUACACCAAAGCCAUCGACAUCUGGGCGAUCGGCUGUAUCUUUGCGGAGCUGCUGACCUCUGAGCCCAUCUUCCACUGUCGCCAGGAGGACAUUAAGACCAGUAACCCCUACCACCACGACCAGCUGGACCGCAUUUUCAACGUCAUGGGCUUCCCAGCAGAUAAGGACUGGGAGGACAUCAAGAAGAUGCCAGAACACUCGACCUUGAUGAAAGAUUUCAGAAGGAACACGUAUACAAACUGCAGCCUUAUAAAGUAUAUGGAAAAACACAAAGUCAAACCGGACAGCAAAGCAUUCCACUUGCUGCAGAAACUGCUGACAAUGGAUCCCAUCCGCAGGAUCACUUCUGAGCAGGCCAUGCAGGACUCCUACUUCCUGGAGGAACCUCUGCCAACUUCAGAUGUGUUCGCGGGCUGUCAGAUCCCCUACCCCAAGAGAGAGUUUCUGACGGAGGAGGAGCCGGAGGACAAGGCCGAUAAAGUAAGAAAUAAGAACCAGCAGCAGCAGCAGCAGGCUAAUAACCACACCAACGGAGCCGGGCAUACCGGUAACCCUGACAACAGCCACGCCCAGGGCCCUCCUCUGAAGAAGGUGCGAGUGGUCCCGCCCACCACUACCUCAAGUGGCCUCAUCAUGACCUCAGACUACCAGCGCUCCAAUCCCCAUGCUGCUUAUCAGAACCCAGGACCAAGCACAUCACUGCCCCAGAACAGCAUGGGAUACUCCUCUACAUCCCAGCAGCCUCCGCAGUACUCUCACCAGAGUCACCGCUACUGACCCCCUGACCCGGACCCCCCACCCACCCGCCCCCUUCCCCCCCCCUCCACCACGCCCACUCGGGAGAAUGUACUGAGGGAUGUGCGAGUGGGUAUUUUUUUUUUUUUUUUUUUUUUUCAUGGCAUCAGCCUACUACCGCAAAGACCGCCCCAGAGGGGCGCCCCUCCCCUGCAGGCCGUCUGGAGGCUGAGGGGAACGGAGGUGACGGCCUGGACACAGCACUGCUGCGGAGCGGAGCCCUGAACAGGGAG